UUUAUUGCGCUGAGAAUGGGUAACAAGAAAGGGCGAAAACCUAGUGCAUCAGUGAGGUUGAAGAGAAAACGUAUAAGCCAAUAUGCUCUGAAAUGUCGUUACGGUCGUUACGAAGCCGCUGCACAUAUCCCCAGAAAAGAGCCAAUCAGACAAAAGUGGAUAGACGCAAUUGGUUAUGUGCCGAAAAGGAAAAAUGCGGUAGUCUGCAGUUCACACUUCAGACCUGAAGAACUUUCAUUCUCUGGUCUGCGGCCACUGGUCAUUCCUGAUGCUGUACCUUCUAUUUUCCCUACGGAACCAACAGCGCCGCUCAUCGCACAAUACUCGCCAGGCCCGAGCCAGAGCGCCGCAGAUAUCUUGGAUUCCGACGCGUCAACAGAAGAUCCUCAAGAGCUUCUGAGACAAGUUUCAGAUUCCGACGCGUCAACAGAAGAGCCGCAAGAGACUCUUAGACAAGUUUCAUAUUCCGACGCAUCAACAGAAGAGCCUCUUAGACAAGUGUUCUCGGUUUCCAACGCGUCAACUAAGUCGCUAGACCCACUAAGACAAGACACAAAGCAAUGUCGCUUCUGCGGCAAAUACAGCCAAGAUUGCAUUCCUAUAUCUCCCUCCCAUCUAGCUUCCUUCACAACCAAACUAGCUUUCAACGACAUUGUGGUUCAGUUCAGUGAAGCCUUACCUAAAACUGUCUGUAAAGAUUGUGAUGGGAAACUACAAGUAGUAUACGAUUUUGUUAAAUACGCGAAAGCUGCGCAAGAAUUACUAAUGAAUGUUGAAGAUGGGGAAGAGAUGCUAGAAGUUAAAAAUGAAUAUGAAGAUGAUAAUGAAACUUAUGAUAGACUUGAAGACAGUAACAGUGAUGAAGAGAGAAAAGAUAGAAUAGUAGAUUCAUUCACAGUGGGAGAAACUGUAUAUAUUAAAGAAAAUCAAAAAAGGCAAAGUGUCACAAUAAGUGGUGUAAAACUGAAGAAAGCUAAAGUUAUUAAAAGUGAAAGUGGUAAUGAAACUAAACCUAUGAGUGAUAGAAAAAAAGAAGUUAUUGAUAGAGAUGAUACAAAUGAUGAAGCUGAUAAUAUAGGAUUGUUUAAUAGUGACACAAGAACAAAUAAACUUGGUGAUGCAAAAUUUGCAAAACGUGUUUUUGUACAUAAAGUGAGAAUUGAUGGGAACAGUUGAUGUGUUUUUUAAACAUAACACAAAAUUACUAAACUUGACUGUUAGCUUGAUAAGCAGAAAUAAAGUGAUUUUAAUUAAUUUUGCUUAUGUAAUAUUGGAUAAUUAUUUGUUGUUAAAUAAUAUGUUUCAGUAUUUUC